AUGAGUUCUGACCGAGAGGAGUAUGACAUGGUCUGUCAGAGAGCUGUGACCCUAAUUGUUGACCUUUGCCUGCACAACGGCACGUUGUUGGAUCAGGAUACCUGUCAGGAUUUCCUAUUCCUGUUGUCCAGCCACAGCUCUAACCACAAAGAACAGGACGCUACUUUUGGCCUCCUGCUUGCUGUGUUUGUGGUUUGUGGCCUGGCUCUGCUGGGCCUUCUUACAUUCGUCUCCUGGAAGCUGUGCUGGGUGCCUUGGCGGACUAAGGCCCAUUUCCCCAGUCCAUCCCUCGCCCCUGCCUGUGGCCCAGAGCACCACCAGCUCCAGCCGCCUCCCCUGCUGCCCAGCUCCCAGCAGCUGCCGGUCACCAUGGCGACAGAGAAGGUGAAGGACCCCGUGGGCUCAAUGGGUUUCCUGGAGGCAGCGGUGAAGAUAAGCCAUACAUCUCCUGACAUCCCCACCGAUGUGCAGCUCUCCAUGAGGGAGCACUUCCUGCGCCGCACGCAACGCAUGCAGAGACAAACCACUGAGCCGGCUUCCUCCACUCGGCACAAUUCUUUCAAAAGACACCUGCCCAGGCAGAUGCAGGUAGGCAGUCUAGACCUGGGAAAUGACUACAUGGUGGACAAAGAGGAAAAACCCACCAGCAUUGGUCGCAUCCAGCCAGAGCUGUACCAACAGAAGGCCCUGGAAUCAGAGGAUUCAUCCAAGAAUGGCAGCAGCAAAAACUGUGGCAGGAUCAACUUCUCUCUCAAAUACGACUACGAAAACGAGGCCCUCUUAGUCAACAUCCUCAAAGCGGAGGACCUGCCCGCCAAGGACUUAUGCGGCACAUCCGACCCUUACGUGAAGGUCUACCUGCUGCCCGACCGCAAGAAGUUCCAGACCCGCGUCCACCGGAAAACUCUCAACCCCACGUUCAACGAGAGUUUCCAGUUCCCUGUGCCUUACGACGAGCUGGCGGUCAGGAAGCUCCACAUGAGCGUCUUUGACUUUGACCGGUUUUCACGGCAUGAUAUGAUCGGGGAGGUGGUGCUGGAGAACCUGUUCGAGACGUCGGACCUCUCCAGGGAGACAAACAUAUGGAGGGACAUCGACUAUGCCACCAGUGAAAGUGUUGACCUUGGAGAGAUCAUGUUCUCACUAUGUUACCUGCCCACCGCAGGCAGACUCACACUUACUGUCAUCAAGUGCAGGAACCUCAAGGCCAUGGACAUCACUGGAUACUCAGAUCCCUACGUCAAAGUGUCGCUCAUAUGUGACGGGAGACGUUUGAAAAAGAAGAAGACUAGCAUAAAGAAGAACACUCUGAAUCCCACCUACAACGAGGCCAUCAUCUUUGACAUUCCACCAGACAGUAUGGACCACGUCAGCCUGCACAUCUCUGUCAUGGAUUACGAUCUGGUAGGUCAUAACGAGAUUAUUGGUGUGAUGCGGGUUGGAUGCAGUGCAGAGGGACUUGGCAGGGACCACUGGAACGAAAUGCUGGCUUAUCCACGCAAGCCCAUUGCACACUGGCACCCCCUGCUGGAGUCCAAGAAGUCUGAGAAGGAGUGGAAGGCGAGGACAGCCAGCUUUGACAGCCAAGGCUCCUGCCCCUCACCAAGGCCCCCUGCCAGUCCCUGAGCAGAGCCACCUGUGACCCAGCAGCCCAGAAGGGGGUU